UAUCCAAAUCUUAAUAUAUUAUUUUAAUAAAGAUAAUAAAGAUAAAAAAAUACAAUAAAAAUAAUAAAAAUAAUAAAAAUAAUAGACAAUUAAAAACAAUAAAUUGAAAAUUUCUUUCAUUCAUAACUCUUAAUUUCUUCUUUAUUACUAUAUUCUUAUAAUCUUUUUUUUUUAAUUUGGAUUCUAUCUUCAUUUAUAUCAUACACAUCUUGUUUCCAAAAUGAAGAUGCUAACUAAGUUUGAAUCAAAAUCCUCUCGUGCAAAAUGUGUUGCUUUUCACCCAAAAAGACCCUGGAUCUUAGUCUCCCUCCACUCUUCCACUAUUCAAUUGUGGGAUUACAGAAUGGGUACUCUAAUCGAUCGUUUUGAAGAGCAUGAUGGUCCUGUUAGAUCAGUUGCUUUUCAUCCAACUCAACCAAUCUUUGUCUCGGGUGGUGACGACUACACAAUCAAAAUCUGGUCCCUCACAACAAGAAAAUGCAUGUACACUUUAAAUGGCCAUCUUGACUACGUUAGAUCUGUCUGCUUCCACAACGAACUGCCCUGGAUUUUAUCUUGUUCCGAUGAUCAAACCAUUAGAGUUUGGAAUUUUAUAAAUAGACAGGAAAUAUGCGUAAUUACAGGUCACAACCACUAUGUUAUGAGUGCUCAAUUCCAUCCAAAUCAAGAUUUAAUCGUAUCUGCUUCUUUAGAUCAAACUGUCAGAGUCUGGGAUAUUUCUGGUUUACGUAAAAAACACUCAGCACCAUCGGGCGGUGCUCUCUCAAUGUCAAUGUCAAUGACUUCCUCAAUUAACAUCCCUGGUGCUCCAAGAUCCUUCGACGACCCUUUUGUAAUAAGAGGUAUGAACUCAGGCGUCCCACAACAAGAUAUCUUUGGCAACACUGAUGUAGUCGUCAAAUACGUCCUUGAAGGUCAUGAUAGAGGUGUAAAUUGGGCUUCUUUUCAUCCAACUCUUCCUUUAAUCGUUUCUGGUGGUGAUGAUCGUCUUGUUAAAUUAUGGAGAAUGUCUGAAACAAAAGCCUGGGAAGUAGACACUUGCAGAGGUCAUACUAACAAUGUCACUUGCACUCUCUUCCAUCCAACUCAAGAUCUAAUUAUCUCAGUCGGUGAAGAUAAAACCGUAAGAACUUGGGAUUUAAACAAAAGAACUCUUGUCAAACAAUUUAAAAGAGAAAAAGAUAGAUUUUGGUUAAUUUCUUCUCAUCCAAAUAUCAAUCUAUUUGCUACUGCUCAUGAUUCUGGUGUUAUGGUUUUCAAAUUAGAAAGAGAAAGACCUGCUCACUCAAUUUCUCAAAAUCAGUUGUACUUUAUUAAUAAAGAUAAGCAAGUUCAAUUAUAUGACUAUAAUAGAAACGAAUGCUCUUCUCCUUUAUUGUCUUUGAAAAAAAUCGGUAAACCUUGGUCGGUUUUCAGAACUUUAUCCUACAAUCCUGCUGAACGUUCUAUUUUGGUAACAACUGGUUUUGAAGAUAACAACUCUUUAUAUGCUUUAGUCUCCUUGCCAUCAAGUUCAGUACUAUCUGAUCCAAGUGAAAUCCGUCAAGGUUCUGGCUCUUUUGCCGUUUUUAUUGCAAGAAAUCGUUUUGUUGUCUAUAAUAAAGAAAACUCAAGCUUAGAAGUUAAAGAUUUAAAUAACGCCACCACUAAAGCAAUUAAAUUUGAUGAUAAUGGUAUAAUCGACGUCGUAUAUGGUGGUGCAGGCUCGGUUCUUAUCCUUAAAAAAAACGCUGUUAUUCUAUACAAUGUUCAACAAAAGAAACAAAUCGCUGAUAUCUCUGUCAAUAACGUUAAAUACGUAUCUUGGUCUCUAGACGGUCAAUAUCUUGCUUUACUAUCUAAACAUACCAUUACUAUUGUUGACAAAAAAUUGCAAUUAAUCAUUUCAAUGCAUGAAACUAUUAGAAUUAAAUCGGCUGCAUGGGAUGACACUGGUGUUUUAUUGUACUCAACUUUAAACCACAUCAAAUACACUUUAUUAAAUGGUGAUAAUGGUAUUAUUAAAACUUUAGAUAAUACAGUUUAUAUCACUAAGAUUCAUGGAUCUAGUUGUUAUGUCUUAACUAGAGCUGGUACUGUCGAAGUUAUUAAAAUUGAUCCAACUGAAUAUAGAUUCAAAAAAGCCUUGGUCAACAAAAACUUUAAUGAGGUUUUAAGAAUUAUUAAAAAAUCGAACUUAGUUGGUCAAAAUAUUAUUGCCUAUUUGCAAAAAAAAGGAUACCCAGAAAUUGCUUUGCAAUUUGUUGAAGAUUCAGAGACAAGAUUUGAACUUGCCAUUGAAUGUGGUAAUUUAGAUAUUGCCUACGAGGAAGCCAAAAAAUUGGAUUCAAAAACUUCUUGGGAAACCCUUGGCCAUGAAGCUUUACAACAAGGAAAUAUUAAAAUUGUUGAAUUUGUUUAUCAGAAAUUAACUUUAAUGGAUAAGUUAUCAUUCUUUUAUCUUAUUACUGGUGACUCGGAUAAAUUAGCCAAGAUGGAAGCCAUUUCUCAAAGACGACAAAAUAUUUCUUCAUUCAUUCAAAAUUCCAUUUAUUUAAAUUCAUCUGAAAAGAGAGCAAAAGUCUUUUUACAACAAGGAAAUUACGCUUUAGCUUUUGCUAUUGCCACUUCUAAUGGUUUAGAAGAUUUGUCACAGGAAAUAUUACAGGUUCAAGCUGCAGAAGAAGGUGAAGAAGUUAUUUCCCCAGAUCAAAUUUUCCUUCCAAAUGAAAUUGGUCAGGCAUCAAUAUUGACUCCAAUUAAAGAUGGAACCCAAAGCUGGCCAUUGAAACAAUCUACAACAUCCUUAUUAGAAAAGGCCAUUAUGGGACAAAUGGAAGGUUUAUCACUCGAUGAACAUGUCGACAAUUCUCCUGCUACUAAAGAUGCUUCUCAAUUUAACGACGAACAAAUUUAUGAUGAAGAAAUUUAUGGCGAUGAGGUUGCUGUUGAGGAUGAUGCUUGGGGAGAUGAUAACCUAGAAGUCAGUGAUGUCGGUGAAGACAUUGAUGAUGUCGAAGAUUCUCAAGCCCCAGGAAUAACAGAAGUUGCUCAAUGGAUACGUAAUUCUAGAUGUGCAGCUGGGCAUGUUGCUGCUGGAUCAUUUGAUACUGCUGCUCAAUUGCUCAACAGACAAUUAGGAAUAGUGAAUUUUGAACCUUUAAGAAAAAGAUUUUUGGAAGUCUAUCAAUGUUCUAAACUAUAUUUGCCAGCCAAUGAAGGGUUACCAUCAAUUAAUGCAUUCAUAAGAAAAGAAGGUAGUGAUGAAAAACCAUUACCAUUUAUUUUUGGUUUUGAUGAUCUUGAUAAGAAAGUGCAGGAAGGAUACAGAUUAUUUAAAGUUAACAAUUUGAAAGAUGCUAUUGAAAUAUUUAGAGAAAUAAUUUACACAAUAGUCGUUCUUGGAGUUUCAGAUAAAGAAGAGGAAACCAAGUGUGUUGAUAUUUUACAUCUUUGUCGUGAGUAUAUAUUGGGAUUGUCUAUUGAAUUAGCACGUCGUUCAUUGGCGCCAUCACCAGAAAAUGUUAAAAGAAAUCUUGAAUUGGCGGCAUAUUUCACCAAAGUCAAAUUGCAUCCAAGUCAUAGAGUAAAUGCAUUACAAGUUGCUAUGACUCAAUCUUUUAAGAAUAAGAAUUUUUCAUCAGCAUCAUAUUUUGCUGGAGAAUUUUUGAAAAUUGUUCGCAGUGGAGCAAGAGCUGAAACAGCUAAAAAGAUAAAAAAUAAAGCUGAUCAAAUUGGAAAAGAUUCAAUUGAGAUUGAUUUUGAUCCAUAUACUGAAUUUGAUAUCUGUGCUAAAUCAUUUGUACCAAUUUACAAAGGAUCUCGUUUUGUUACUGAAGCAUUGGUUGGAGCCAAAUAUCAAACGUCAGAAGAGGGUAAAUUAUGUAGUAUUACUAAGAUAAGUCAAAUUGGAGCACCUGCAUCUGGGUUAAAUUUAAUUAUAGCUUAGGUAACAAUCCUUUUAUAAUUUUUUUUUCUUUCCUUUAUAAUUUUUAUUUAUUAAUUUAUUUUCAUUUUUAUUAUAUAAUUUUAAAAUUGUGAUUACAGAUUCAGAAACUAAUUUUUUUUUUUCAAAUUUUAUAACUAUUCUUUCUAAUUUGU